AUGGCACCAAGAAUACCCAGAAUAGUGCCAUGGGCCAUUCAAGAAGAAUGGAGUUUGGUGUUUUCAUUAUUAUACUCGGAUAAAAAUGAAUUGCGUAUUCAAGGCGUCAACCGUGUCAAGGCAUGGAUCAGUCGAGGCAAAGUACCGCAUGCAGUACUCAGUACCAGUAGUUUGGUCGAAGUUAGCUUGAGAGAUACUGGACUAUUCUCGAUGGUUUCUGAAUCAGAAUUGCGAUUGCAAUAUUCUAUGAUAUUUGUCAGAUUUGUAAAUGGAUUGGUAGACCAUGCUCAAAAAGGAGCGUUUCCUGAAGCUGUAUCGACGGUUGCCGAAUCUAUUGGUCUUCCAGGUUGGUUUGUUGAUCUAAGACAUUCUGCUACACAUGACAAGCUCCCAUCUUUGUUGCUGCUACGGAAUGGGUGCAUUCAGGCAUUGCAAUGGCUACAUGAUAAUUACUGGAUCGUUCAGCAAAAUUUUAUUGCUGAUAUUACACAAGAUUUGGGUAACAUCUUGAUUAAAUACAAGGAAAGCUGCAAGGCAUCUGCUAAAGGCAAACAUACUACUGCUGAUACGACACUGUCUUUACAAAAACUGGUGCAUCUUCUCACAGUCGAUACCUACCCCGAUGUACUACUCCCCCUUCUCAUCCAGCCUGGGUACCUUGUUCCAUUGGCCAAAAAAAAGCGAGCUGUAAUUGAAGUUGAUGGUACGAUCGGAAAUUUGCCCAAACCAUUGGAAUCGCUGUGGCUUAAACUCAUUGAUACAUGCGAAUACACAUGGCCGGGAUUCUGUCAGGAGCUAUUAUGCACCAUCUUGAAUAUUAUAGGAGUACAGCACGUUUUAUCAGAGCCAAUGGAACACAAUCAGAUCACGCAGAAUCAAAAUCAAUCUGAAACUGAAUAUAAUUCACAGGCCUUUUUAUCUUCUGCUUGCAAAAGUAAAAGCUACUUGAUCACAUUAGUUGCAUGGGCUAAAUUUAUUGUUGCAAAAUAUGGCUCAACUGCUUCUAUGGAUCUUGUGAAGAUAUCCGAGGUUUGCUUCAAGUUGCCAACACAAUUCACGCUAGAAGUAUUGCAUGCAAUCAUGGCAAUUGAUUCAAAUAUCGAAAAAAAGAUUGUUUUUGUUGCAUCGUUCCUAGCAUCCAAAUUCGAUUUGGAGCAGUCCAUCUCAAUCACUGCUGAUGCACCGUCUAGUCAAACUACCAAACAGGUUGGAAAUUCAAGCUCUAGUAUAGAAGAUUCUGCCACAUGGGAGACAAAAGAGCAACGACUUGAUGCAGAUUUGACGCAUCUUAAGCAGCGUAUUGAAAAACUAGAUUCAAGCUGGGAAUUUAAAUCGUUAAAAAUGGUUGUUGAUUCGAAUCCUGUUGUCAUGGACAAAGAGAAUGAUCAAGCUGGAUGGGCUAUGGUGGAUAAAACCUCAUGGAAAGCGUGUCCAUUGGGAAUGUUGCCUGGUAAUGUGUUGCCAGUGCUAGCUCUUGGAUCCGAGUACGAUAAUGUCGAGUUUCUAAUCACCAACGGUAUUGUUCAGAUUCCGAUUGCAGCACAAUGUGCAAAAGAUAUGAAUGAGCAGCAGACUCGUAAAAUUGGGAUCGACUCCGAAUCAGUCACUGUGAGUGCUCCAGUACCAACACUGUUGGAUCAGCAUAAUAUGGAAGUGGACGAGGAGCCUUUAAACUCCUUUUCUCACGAUACUGCGCGUAAUUUCAUUCUUACUGAUCCCACUACUAUUGUUCUUCUCUAA